AUGUUCGCCCUCGCCUCCCAGGCGACUAUCGCCCCUAUCGCUGCGCCCCUCCGCGCGCGUAAGGCUCCCAAGACCGCCCUGCGCCGCGCCGCGGUCCGCGUCAACGCGUCCCCCGAUGCCAAGUCAGACAACGAUCGCGCGAUGUUCUCUCGCAGGCAGCUCGGCCUCGGUUCCGCGGCUCUGGCCUCCCUGAUGGCCACGGACAUGACCGUGGUCAACCCCGCGAUGGCCAAGAAGAUCAUCUCAGGAAAACAGGACCUCCCCGACAUCGCCGACCUCGUCAUGGUCUUCCACGGCCUCGGCUCCUACACCUACGAGAAGUGGUACAAGGAGGUCUUCUCCCCCUUCGAGGCCGGGCUGCACUCCGGCGAGGUCGGCGGCCCCGAGGUCGGCCCCGCCUUCGCCAAGGUUGUGAACCUCACCAUCCUCCGAGGCCGCAACCCCGACGCGCCCGGGGGCGAGACCGUCGCAGUGCAGAUGUUCGUCCUCAACGAGAACGCCGACCCGGCCGCGAAGGGCGCCCUCACCGCCAUCCAGAAGUUCUUCGUGGACACGGGUCCGGGCGCUAACCCGUUCUGGGCGGAGGGAAGGGACGCCGGUUGGGUCGGCACCGACCUCACGCAGUGGUCUGCGUCCGUCGGCUUUAUCCGCGGAGCCAACCCGAAGACGGGGUACCCCGACGACUGGAAGAAGGGAACCGGAGUCGGGGUGUACGACUUUGGACUCAAGAUCCCGUACGAGGAGUGGGUGCCGCAGUUCACGUCCCCCGAGAGCGACCAGCUGCACGACGCCGCCGGCGUGUUUUUCUCCGCGGUUGGCCCGGAUGAGAAAGGCACCGAGCACCAGUCCAAGUAUCGAUCGGUGCAGGUCAUCCACGCGCACAAGAACCUGAAGCAGGCGCGGGCGUUCUUGGACCGCGUCGUCAAGGCGGACGCACCCCCGUUCGACCAGAUCAAGGAUAUCCUGGACAACCCCGAGGCUAUCGCGUUGGAGGUUGUCUCCGACACGUUCUUCCCGGAGUACUUUCCCGAGAGUCUCUUUCCCAACCCGCUCCUCAACGCGUAAGGGUCUUUGAACGGGCGUCUUUGCACUCGGCGUCAACUCGUCAGAUGUGUGUAGUCUACAGUAUGUGAAAUCUCGUAGACUAUCUAAGAGUUUAUGGUGUCAAAGAAUACAACCCGGGCAACUCCAGUAACUC